UUGCGCCGCUCUGAGGGUUUAAGCUUGAGUGAGAAUUUCAAUGGCGGGAGGCAAAGUGAGGAAAGAGAAGGCGAAGGCGGGAGGCGCGCAGACGCCGUAUCAAGGAGGCAUCUCCUUCCACAAGUCCAAAGGCCAGCACAUCCUCAAGAACCCUCUUCUCGUCGACUCCAUAGUCCAGAAGUCCGGCAUCAAAUCCACCGACGUCAUCCUCGAGAUCGGUCCCGGUACCGGUAAUCUCACCAAGAAGCUUCUGGAAGCCGGCAAGAAGGUCAUCGCCGUUGAGAUUGACGCUCGUAUGGUCCUCGAGCUUCAGCGACGAUUCCAGGGCACUCCUCUCUCCAACCGCUUACAGAUUAUUCAAGGAGAUGUGCUCAAGACUGAGCUUCCCUAUUUCGAUAUAUGCGUGGCCAACAUCCCUUAUCAAAUCUCCUCACCCCUCACCUUCAAGUUACUGCAUCACAAACCUGCUUUCAGAUGUGCUAUUAUAAUGUUCCAAAAGGAAUUUGCAAUGAGGUUGAUUGCGCAGCCAGGGGACAAGCUCUACUGUCGUCUUACGGUUAACACCCAGCGCCUGGCUCAGGUCUCUCAUCUUCUCAAAGUUGGAAGGAACAAUUUCCGCCCUCCGCCAAAGGUUGACUCCUCUGUAGUUCGAAUUGAGCCCAGGAAACAAUUUGAAGUGAACGAGAAGGAGUGGGAUGGCUUCUUGCGGAUUUGUUUCAAUAGGAAGAACAAAACGCUUGGUUCGAUUUUUAGGCAGAAAAAGGUUCUCAGUUUGCUCGAGAAGAAUUAUAAGACCCUGCAGGCACUUAAUCUCAAUCCUGCUCAACAGGGUGCCGUGGAGGAGACCAAUGAAGUGAUGGAUUUUGAGGAUAUGGAGAUGGAUGAUGACGAAGCUGAUGAUGAAAUGGAGGUGGAGGACGGUAAUGCAGAAGGAGAGACAUCUGAAUUCAAAGAAAAGGUUUUGAGGGUCUUGAAGGAUAAUGAUUUUGAAAAUGAGAGGUCUUCAAAGCUUAAAUUACGUGAGUUUGUAACCCUACUUUCUGAAUUCUGCAAGGCUGGUAUUCACUUCUCCUGAGUUUAUGGCUCAAUAUCAUCUUACUGUUCUAUUGAGAUUAUACCAGACCCAGAUUUUGUUAGGUUUCAAGUCAUUUUCUGUAUUAGUUGGUUUCCUUAAUGUUUUGUAAGAGUGACGAUUGGAUAAAUUAGUUUGAGAUUACCUACAGACUUUUGGAUCAAUGUACGAAUACUGUGUUUGAUGAUCUCUUA